AUGGCGAGGCGGGAUGGCGACCACGUACCCCUGGGCGGAAGACACGGCUCAGAGAGCUCAACCGGCAGCUGGCAUUCGCAGUCGACCGUCAAAGAGGAGCACUACGAGCGAGUUGUGCGCCAUGGAGCUGUCAACGGCCACGGAGUCUCCCAGAAUUCCAAUGAAACGAGGUCGGAAUCGGACAGCGAACAGUCUCAAGAUGACCUCUAUACCUCCAUGUUCCCCGACUCCCCCCAACUCUCGCCCACCGACCAGCGCAAACUCCCCGGUUUGGGAAACUAUCGAAAGGCCCUGGCUGUGCUAGGAGCCGACGAUUACUUUUCCCUGAAUACACAACAAUCUGCGCCGCCCCCCGUUAGUUAUCUCACUCUGAAUCCCAUCGCCCAUGAACCUCUCGACCCCACGUGGCCCCCUUCCUCUUCCCCGACUAGUGCUACCGGUCCAUCGGGCGCUUCUUUCCUCAACGACUCCUCCGAGCAGGAAAACUCGCCCAAAUCUCCUGCUUUUCGCUCUGAGACCACAGCUACGGACACCCCGGACUUUGGUCAUCUUCGUGACCACCGCCGGCCGUCGGAAGCCAGUGCCACGACGGUGAGCAGUAUCGGUUCCAAGUCCAGCCAGCAUGCCAAAUUUCGCAAGCGCCUGCAAGAAUUCUUCGGCGAAGAUGCCCACGGAGGGUCGAAUUCGCGCCAGAGUUCGGAUAGCAGCCUGCCACAUCUUCUAGGAUCCCGAGAGCGCUCUGCUUUCCGUGACAGAAACAACUCGGUUGGUGCACGAAGUGCGCCGGAGAAACCAGGUGAUGGCACCUCGUCCCCGAAGCCUUCUCGACCGCGAACCCCGCUCCCGUCCAGCGAAGUGGCCCCGUGGAUGUACCAGAGUUCAGAUGAUAUUCGGCAAUAUGGGGAGGCUCCCGUGCGACCAGAACCAACUGAGCCCGACAGUCAUCGAUUCCUCCAUACCAGUAAUGGGGCCUCGUCGUCCUCGCAGAAAGAGUCGCACAAACUCCCGUUUCCGCCGCAUCGUCAUUCCCGAAGCAGGGAUGGGAAGCCCCCGUCAUCGGGCUCUGGUGAUUCCUCUCUCCAUCCACCCCGUUCUUCCAGCGGCAGGGACGAUACCGAUCCGAAUCUCCGCCUCCAUGACGCCGGAGGCCUGCUCACGGCGACGGCCAUGAGUUCCAGCAGUACGCUCGCUGGUGCACGUUCGGCCAGUCCAACCCCAAGCUCUCAGAGCGCCUUCCUUCAACAUCGAGACAGUUCGGGUCAAGAUUCUCCCGGAGUGCCUCCCAACAAGCGUUCCCUCUUCGAUAAAAUCCGCAUCCCCAAGCCUCCCAGUUCUCUGAAAAGUCUGCCGGGAUCGAGCAAGUCCCUGCAGGAUCCGCUCAAAGGUACGAGCAGAAUCGCAAAGCGGGACCUUUCUCCUGCCCGGCGGCGCCGCCAAGGCAGCCUUGACAGCAGUGGACUUGGUCAGCGAGGGGACAGCUCGGAAUUCGAGCGGAAGAAGGAAUCUGGAAGGGGAAUCAGUCUCAAUCCGUCCAAGUUACGUGGCCGUCGCCACGAGGGCUUUUCGUCCAAAGAUCCCAAAAAUACGUCCGAACAUGAAAGUCUCUGGACUUUCGAUACCAACCUCGACCACAUGGAAGGGAUCAUCAGCGAACCUCGACCCCUGUCGCCCACUGAUCAGGGUGGUGGAAUCUUUGACGGCGGCGUUCCCCCCGAAGACGUCACCAAGAAAGGUAUGCCUGUCGGGCACUGGGACGCUCCCGAAAGCUGGCAGGUGAGGAAGCACGGGGACGAUAUCGUUCGCUCUCUGCCGCAAUUUGACGACGAGAUCGAUUCCUCCAUGCAAGAUGACGGGCUGAUGUAUUUCAUCCGGGUCUUCCGCAUUGAUUCCACCUUCGCCACACUCUCAGCACCCCUCAAUGCAACCGUUGCAGACAUCCUUCUCUUGCUCGGUCGGAAGUCUUUCUUGCAAGAUGAUCUGGGCAACUACGAGAUUGUCCUGCGGAAGAACGACCUGUCGCGACAGCUGGAACACGGGGAGCGGCCGAUUUUGAUCCAGAAGCGGCUGCUGGAGCAGGUGGGCUAUCAGCCCACGGACAGGAUCGAAGAUAUCGGACGGGAGGAUCACAGCUAUCUUUGUCGGUUUAUCUUCCUCCCGACCAAACUCAGCGGUUAUGCCAGUCUGGAGAAUGAUCCGGGCUUCAACAAGAGCCAGAAAUUCAGUCAUGUCGAUCUUCAGGGCCGUAGCUUGGUCACCAUCCCGAUCACUCUGUACAAAAGGGCGUCCGAGAUCAUUUCCUUGAAUCUAUCCCGCAACCUCGCGCUGGACGUGCCGUCGGACUUCAUCCAGAGUUGUAUCAACUUGCGUGAAAUCAAGUUCAUGAGCAAUGAGGCGUGGCGGCUGCCGCCCAGCAUCAGUCUGGCGACGCGACUGACCUACCUCGAUGUCUCCAACAACCGGCUGGAACAGUUGACUCAUUCCAAUCUCGAUCAACUGCAGGGACUGGUCAGCAUCAAGAUGGCAAACAACAAGCUCUCUUCGUUGCCCCCCUAUUUUGGCAACUUUAUGUCCCUGCGGAGCCUGAACCUGUCGUCCAACUGUUUCCAGGUCUUCCCCGAGUUCCUCUGCAAUCUUCCCAGCCUGGUCGAUCUCGACAUCAGUUUUAACAGCAUUCGCGAACUCCCCAAUAUCGGUCGGCUCAAGACGUUGGAGCGGCUGUGGGUGACCAACAACAUGCUCACCGGACCGCUGGACCCAUCGUUCAAGGACCUGGUGAGCAUCAAAGAGAUCGAUGCGCGGUUCAAUUCCAUCACCAACGUCGACAGCGUGAUGCAUCUUCCCCGUCUGGAACAAUUACAUUUGGGACACAACCAGGUGACCAAGUUCAAAGGUUCCUUCCCGAAGCUGCGGACCUUGGUCCUGGAUCACUGUCCCAUCACCCAGUUUGAGCUGGAUGGUCCGAUCGUCACCUUGACCUCUCUCAACAUCGCAUCUGCCAAACUGGUCCAAUUCAAAGAUGCUGUCUUCGACUACCUUCCGAAUUUGAACAAACUUAUUUUGGACAAGAACCAUUUUGUCUCCCUCUCACCGCACAUUGGCAAGCUGCGGAAGUUGGAGUAUUUCAGCAUGAUCAAGAAUCCCCUGUCCUCGCUGCCUCCAACGAUCGGAUGUCUGUCGGAGCUGAAGUAUCUGAAUCUCCGAGAAUGCAAUCUGAGCAAGUUGCCCUCGGAGAUUUGGUACUGUCUGAAAUUAGAGACCCUUAAUGUGUCCUCGAACGUUCUCGAAAGCUUCCCUAAAUACACGGGUCAGCCACCAGUACCACCUGGUGAGCAACCGCAGCAGAACCUGACGCCGUCGUCGACGCCAGGCAUUUCCAGCCCUCCCAGCUUUGAGAAUCUUGGCUCUCUGGAGGACGCGAAUGCACGACGGAUUAGCCAGGCGUCCACUGGACUUCUCAGCGUCGGGAGUGGCGGCGCGGGCCGGAAUAAUUCAGUGGUCUCCAAUCCCGUCCCUGGAGGACGAAAGGCGUCCACCGCGUCGCGCGCUUAUACCGAGGCAUCGAGCUCGUCCAGGAAAGACUCGAACUUCUCUCAAAGGCUGGCGACAACGUUCUCGGGUUCAUUAAGGAACUUGUACCUGGCCGAUAAUCGUUUGGAGGACGACAUAUUCCGUGAAUUGGUUCAUCUGCCGGAGUUGCGUGUGCUCAACCUGUCCUACAAUGAACUGACCGAGCUCCCGCAGGGAUUGCUGAAGCGCUGGCAACAUCUAACAGAGCUCUAUCUCUCGGGCAAUGAGCUCACUGCGCUGCCGUCAGACGACCUGGAGGAGACCAGCAGUCUGCGAACCCUCCAUAUCAACGCGAAUCGGUUCCAGGUUCUCCCGGCCGAACUCUGCAAGGUCAGCAAGCUUGCUGUCUUGGAUGUCGGGAGCAAUUCGUUGAAAUACAAUGUUUCCAACUGGCCCUAUGAUUGGAACUGGAACUGGAAUCGCAAUCUGAGAUAUCUAAACUUUUCCGGCAACAAGCGAUUGGAAAUCAAGCCCAAUAUAGCUACCUUGGGACCUGCCGCAGUCAAUGGAACCGAUCUAACUGGUUUCAAUUCCCUUACACAUCUUAGGGUCCUGGGGUUGAUGGAUGUCACACUCACCAUAAAGACGAUACCGGAAGAAACAGAAGACCGGCGUGUGAGAACGUCGGCCUCGCUCGCCGGUUCGUUAGCGUACGGGAUGGCAGACUACCUGGGCAAAAAUGAACACCUUUCCAUCAUUGACAUGAUGGUGCCACGGUUGCGGCCGGACAACAUGGAUACCCUCGUGGGUCUCUUUGAUGGCCAGUCCCAGUCGACCGGAGGUUCGAAAAUAGCCAAAUUCCUCCACGAGAACUUCACGUCUACUUUUGUCGAGGAAUUGAAGCGAUUACAGACGGAAGAGACGCCUCUUGAUGCCCUGCGGCGAACUUUCCUCAGCCUCAACAAGGACAUGGCGGCGGCCGCGUACAAAUCCAUCGAUGACAAGGAUGUUCGUCAAUACUCUCGAGGCUCGAGCGCCGCGAAAUUGUUGAAUCAAGACGACAUCCACUCCGGAGGUGUCGCCACGGUACUCUAUUUGAGAAACAUGGACUUGUAUGUGGCCAACGUUGGCGACGCUCAGGCGGUCCUGGUCAAGUCAGAUGGAUCACGAAAGCACCUGACCUGCGUUCAUGAUCCUGCCGAGUCCCAUGAACGGGCCCGAGUUCGAGCAGCCGGCGGGUUCGUCUCCCGAAGCGGGAAGCUGAAUGAUGUGCUGCCUGUUUCGCGGGCUUUCGGAUAUUUCCAAUUGAUGCCAGCCGUGAUCGCUGCACCGCAUACGGCGCAUUUCACCCUGACAGAGCAGGACGAGAUGAUCAUCAUGGCGUCCCGAGAGGUUUGGGAAUACGUCACUCCGGACGUGGUUGUCGACGUUGCGCGGAGCGAACGGGGAGAUCUGAUGAUCGCAGCCCAGAAGAUUCGCGAUCUGGCCAUCGCAUUCGGUGCAACUAACAAACUCAUGGUGAUGAUCCUUGGCGUUAGCGAUUUGAAGAAGCGUGAACGGUUCAAGUUCCGAGGUCCGAGUCUUUCAAUGGGGCCGUCUUCUUUCCCAGAGGAAGCCAUUGUGCCCAGUGUCAAACGCACCAGGAAACCCCGGGACGCACCUGGGGAUUCCCGGCUUGCCCGUUUCGAUUAUGUCGACGCUCCCAUUGGGGAGCUCGCUAUCAUCUUCACCGAUAUCAAGAAGUCAACGGCGCUGUGGGAGAGGUGUCCCGAUGCAAUGCGGUCCGCCAUUCAGAUCCACAACGAUAUCUUACGUCGACAGAUUGGUAUCGUUGGUGGCUACGAAGUGAAAACGGAAGGGGACGCGUUCAUGGUGGCAUUCUCCACCACCACGGCCGCUCUGCUUUGGUGUUUCAACUGUCAGCUGGCGCUGCUGGAGGCCGAAUGGCCCACUGAGAUCCUCGAGCAGCCCCAGUGUAAGGAGUGGUACGAUCAGGACGAGAACUUGAUCUUCCGGGGCUUGUCGGUUCGGAUGGGCAUCCACUGGGGAGAACCGGUGUGUGAGAAGGACCCGGUCACGAAUCGCAUGGAUUACUUCGGUCCGAUGGUGAACCGUGCGUCGCGUAUUUCGGCUGUUGCUGACGGCGGGCAAAUCUUUGUGUCGUCCGACUUUAUGAGCGAGUUGCAGCGGACCCUGGAAGUGUACGCCGACAGUGAGCGCACUCCAUCGGCUGGGUCCGCCAACAGUGACUAUAAUUCAGAUACCUGGUCCAACGUCCGUCGCGAACUCCAGCAACUCAACAGCCAGGGUUUUGUGAUCAAAGACCAGGGAGAGCGGAAACUGAAAGGUCUCGAAAACCCUGAGCCCGUCUAUCUCGUCUAUCCUCAUUCCCUGUCUGGCCGGAUCGCGGCGCUCGAGGAGGUCCACCCUGCAGACGCCCCGGCUCCAACCACUGUAUUGAGACACUCGCAGCUUGAGAUCGACACUGACCUGAUCUGGCGUCUGUGGGAAAUCACGCUCCGGCUGGAGAGCCUGUGCAGCUCUCUGGAAAACCCCGGUCAGGCCCAUCUCAACAAGCCGAACAAUGCUCUGUUCAAUGCGCUCAAAAGGAGUGGUGGAGAGCUGACCGAUUCUGCUGUUCUUGGCCUGAUCGAUCAGCAAGUCACACGCAUUGAGUCUACCUCACAGGCAUGUGUCAACACUCUUGCGGUGCGCCACAUGAUGCGUCCCUUCAAGCCAGGCGAUACGUUGAAGGAUCACGCAGUCCCUAUGAGCGAGAUCCUGUCACAACUCCAGACCCAGCUGGCAGAGUUCAAGGCGCUCAAGGAACAACUCGGCGGUGGUGAGGCUGGCCUUCCUGAUCCUGCCUCGCAGAUCGCCGUGAACAUAAUGGCGCCAACGCCAGAGAGUGGACGGAGCGGGGUCAAUUCAUCGUCCUCGUCUCAUGUUGGGCACUUGACUCCAUCCGCCUCUCCCGAGCGCUAG